AUGUCAAGCCAGGACUCAAGCAAGUCUGCGGACUAUAAAGCAAACCUUCUCUCGAUCCUAAUCUCCAGCAAAGUACUUUCGUUCGGCUCCUACGUCCUCAAAUCAGGCCGAAACUCGCCCUACUUCUUCACCACCACCCUUCUACACACUGCGCCGUUACUGCACGCAACAGCCUCUGCCUGCGCCUCAGUAUUAUCGAGUCCUCCAUUCGUUACCAGCCAGGAGGGGAAACCUGCUACUCCCAACUUUGAUAUCAUUUUUGGACCCGCAUAUAAAGGCAUACCGCUCUGCACAGCCGUCCUGAACGAGCUCGGUGUCCGAGAUACUCAGGGUGUAUGGGACAACAUCAGCUACUCUUUCAACCGAAAAGAGGCCAAGAGCCAUGGUGAGGGUGGAAAUAUCGUUGGUGCCCCUCUCAAGGGCAAGAAGGUAGUCAUUAUAGACGAUGUCAUCACGGCUGGAACUGCCUUGAGAGAAGCCGUUUCUAUCAUUGAGAAAGAAGGAGGCAUUGUGGUUGGCGUAUUGGUCUUGCUAGACAGACAGGAGAGAGUUAGUGAUACAGAGACCAAGAGUGCAGUCGGUGCCGCUCAGAGAAACCUGGGCGAAUCGAUUCCCGUGCGGGCGGUACUCGGCUUGAAUGAUAUUAUCGAAAAACUUGGCGAUGAUAUUGGCAAGGAGAAUCUGGAGAAGCUCCUUGAAUACAGGGCAAAGUAUGGUGCAGAGGAGUAG